AUGAUCGAUACGCUCCUACCUCCAAAUUCCACAGGCAUGGUACCGGCGGACUUCAGCGGCCUCUCGCCCAAACCAGUUGGGGCACCACUUGACCUCGGCUCCUAUGAACGGGCACAGUCCGUACCGCGUUCACCUGGAAGCUCUGUUGCGCGUAUCGAGGAUACCCUGGAGGAGCUGGACAGACUAGAGGACCAGUUCGAAGCGGUACAUCGUAUGGUUCGUGUCAAGCGCGUGGCGUCGCCAGACAAAGAGGCCUUUGACCGCCGAAGCCCGGGCCAUGGCGCCGCUGACACCCAAAAUUCGACUACCAAAACGGGCACUGUUCGCUCAAGACCCUCUGGCGUAGCCCGAACAUCAUCAGUGCGUAAGUCAGCCGGCGCCCCUGACCCGGCGACGAAGUCAACGGAGGAGACACCGGCUGCCACGACCAGCGCUGCUACGAAGAGGCUGAGUGUUGCUCGCCCGCUGAGUCUACUUCCGCCGAAACCGCCAGUAAAGUCGAGCAAGCCGCCUACAACAUCGACAUUUGAGCUUCCAGGUGAGGCUGUGGCACGCAGACUAAAGGAACAACGCGAGGCUCGCAUGUCAGCAGCCGCUGCGGCGGCGGCUGUUGGGGCCAAACCAACCACGGCAAAGACAGGGCAGCUUCGCAAGGCUCGGUCGGUAAAGCCACCGACGAUCCCAACCUUUGAGCUUCCCGGAGAAGCAAUUUCUAGACGCAAGAGAGAAGAGCACGAAGCCAAGCUCAGGCGGCAAGAGGACGAAGAAAAGAAGCGGCGUGAAUUCAAGGCGAGACCCGUUCGACUGAGCGUCACGCCGAGCACAGUCCCGCGUGAGACCAUCUCAAGUCGUGCCCGAACGAAGCGGACCUCCAUCAUUGGCGAAGGCAGCAUGGCAAGUGGUGGUCUAAGCGUGCCGGGGUCUGCGCCACCCGCAAACAGACGUUUGUCAGUCAUCUCGUCCGAUUCGGCGGGCCGUACCAACAGCUCGGGCCAAGUGACUCGUGGGCGCGGACCGGCGCUGGGAUCGUCGCCCACAGCAGCCGGACAGAUGAGCAGGGCUACGUCGACGUCCACUGGUAGCAUCAGCGGAAAGCGGAGCACAAUCUCGGUUGAAGAUGUGCAGUACCAAAAGCUACGGGGCAGAGAGAUUCUCCAGCGAGACAGCAUCCUCUCUUCGGAUCGCGACCGUGAGAAGCGGGAACGUGAAGCGAUCGCCAGGCAGGCCCGUCAGGAGGCAGCUGAGAGAUCUAGGGCGCUCAGCCGAGAGUGGGCCGAAAAACAGAAGCUGAAGGCCAAGAAGACCACGACGGCAUGA